AUGUCUACCACCUCUCUCCUUCGCUCUGCUGCUACGCAGUCUGCUCGCUCACCCCGCCCCGGUCAUCCUCGCAGUCGUGUCAAUUCCAACGGCUUGAAGGGGGAUCACAUCGAAUCGGACUCCCAGCAGCGAAAGCCCAACAGCCCGGGAGUUGGCCAAUCCGGUCGUAAAGAUCGCCACCAAGCUAGGGAACCCAACGAGGUCAAGAAACCUAAAGCCACUGAACAGGAAACAGAGAUCCAACAGAUCGCCGCCGGCCAGUCCGACCCUGCUGAGGCAGUCACCAACGAGACCGACGGCGAAGACGAGUACCCCGAGGCUGUUCGGAAGGCCUUCGGAGACAAGUACCACAAUCUCCCGCACGUCACUGGGGAGAUCAUCUCUGGUUUCACACGCGACGAUUGGACGGCGUUGCAGCAGUGGAUCGAGAAGCACGACGAUCUCAAUCGUUUCAAAUUUUGUUAUGACAGCGAGCAGGGGAAAUUAACAACGAUGUCUGCUAGCGAUAUACACAACCGUCUCUGUGCUACAGAGAGGUCGAUCAGCAACGACAGGUGGUACCGCGGCUUUUGUCCUCCCGGGUGGGUCGAACAUGCGCUAGGUGUCUCAGACGAACAGGCGGAGUACGCGUCGAUUCGUAACCCGAGCGGCUCGAAGAAGAUUGCAGAUAUGGUCGAGGCGAUCUUAGUCGGCGAUAAGCUGUACGUCACCCAACUGAACGAAUCGGCCAAGUCGCAGGAGCUUCAUCAUACCAAGGGAAAGGAAGGCGCGCUUCCUAAGCUCGUGGAUUUGGGGGAUGCACUAAUCGGAACUCGCAAGACAACGCCCGCCAACGGCGACGGGUCAGAGUUCCCCCCUUCAUCGCCCUCACCUGCUUCAACAUCGACGAGCAGUGGUGCUUAUACCGUCUCGUCGCUCGAGCUCGACAGGGAGCGGUACCGCACCCUGUCGGAGAAGCACGCUGGAUUGAUCUCGGACGCGGGUCCAUGGCGCACAGCGAACGGCGCCGGAGUGAAGGAGCAGUGGGACAUGGACAAAUGGGUUGCCAAGGGUUUAGCCAUCCCCAUUCUCGAAUCGUACGAAGGGCAGCUCAAGGAACAGCUCCGCGUCUUCUUGAAGAAGGUCGAGGACGGCUACAAACUGAAGCUGUCCAUGGUGGUGAACCUGCUGGGCUUACCGGAGAACGCGCGGAAGUUGGCGGAGGCCCUCGGCGACAUCGUCGAUGACGAUGAACUCAACGCCCGCUCCGCAGAGUUCGAUGAAUUCGUUGACAAAUUGCUCGAUCCGCAAGACAAGCACUUACGCCUUCCGGGCGAAGACGUAUUAUUCGACGCCCAUAUUACUCAGCUCCUCAAAGCUAUCAAGGCGGGUACGAGAGGUACCGCCGUCCAACGCCUGGUCGACAACACGACGGUGGAAAACCAAGCAGAAGGCGCCGUGCAAGGGGGACGUGCUGCACCCAACCCCAAGUUCCAGCCGAAUAAUGCCCUCCGGGAGCAGUUGAAGUCCAUUAGCCAGAUGGCACGCAAGCGCAAGCGUUCCGACACCGUCGAGGCAGAGCUGGAGGAAGAUCGUGGCCGCGACGGUCCGAGUUCCUCUCGCCAGCAGUGA